AUGGAGCCCGAGGACCUGCCGUGGCCCGGCGAGCUGGACGACGACGAGCCGGAGGCGGAGGAGGAGGAGCGGGGGGAGGAGGCGGCGGCGCGGGACGAGGACCUGGAGGAGGACGAGGUGGUGGUGGUGGAGGAGGUGGAGGACGAGCGCGGCGGGGACUCGGACCCCGACGUCUGCUGCCUGCGGGAGUGCCGCCGCCUCGAGUGCUCGGACGACGACGGCGGCGACGACGGGGAGGACGACGAGCAGGCCCGGGCCUGGCUGCAGGCCCGCCCCGACCGCGCUCCGCCGCCGCCCGGGCCCAGGCCCAGGGCCCCCAGGGACAAGCCCGGCCCCGCGCACAAGGUGACUCGUCAUGCAUGGCAACAAUCAGUAUCUCAAGAAAAAAGUGGAAAACAGCUUUCUGAAACUCAGAUGGCCCAUUUGGGUAAAAAAAUCCAGUGGAGUUCUAUGGAUGAUAAGAGAACAGAAUCUUGGUAUUGUCGUCCUCAAGAAAUGGAUAUUUCCCAAAAUAUGGAUACAUCCCAGACCAGGUUUAAUAUGAGAGAGAAAGGGACUGAAGUGACAGAUUUUCCCUCCCUGGAGGAAUGUGUAUUGACCCAGUCAGAAAAUCAAGUGAAGGAACCCAUCAGAGAUUCAUUAUGUUCUCCUUUACUAGUCAUACAAGACAACUUUACUUCUCCUGAUUUGCCUUUGCUGACAUGUUUGUCACAAGAUCAAGAGUUUGAACCUGAUUCUUUAUUUCAACAAAGUGAGCUAGAUUUUGCACUUCUGAGGGGAAUUCCUGGUAAGUCUGAAGACACUGAAUGGGUUUCUCGACCGUCAGAAGUUAGUGAAGCUUUAUUCCAGGCAGCCUCAGAAGCAGCUUCAGACUUAGUUAACAAUUGGUAUAGGGUGUCUCAGCAUCUGCUUACAGGUAGUACAGUUGUUGAGUCUCCACAUUUCUUCUUACUUUCUGAACAAGGGACUAAAGAAGAGGCUAAUUCAGAUGAGAUACUUGAUGAACUGAAAUCCCCCCAAAGACUGAUAGUUAUGAUGCUCUGUUUUCAGAUGUAAAGGAAAACAAAAGAAGUUACCCAGGAGCUAGAAAGAAACUACUUAACUGAUAAUAAACAAGUUUCUAUUUCAACUUCAAAAUCCGAUGAACACGUAGAUUCUCAAGGAAAUGAGAAUUUUGGUGUCACUUGCUCAGAUAUAAAGUAUUGGAAACAGGAAACAGAAAGUAGAGUAAAGGGCCUCCAGAGGAAGACUGAAUCUGACAUCGGUACUCUGGAAGAUGAUGUUUUAUGCCGUAGCUUAGAUGAAAAUGCUCUGGUAUGCAGUGAAAGAGUUGCUCAACUUCAACCUGAAUCAACAAAAAAAUCAGAGCAGCACUCUUUAGAUCUCAGAAUGUUGAGAAUAUCUUCUGAUACUAUGUCAGACACUCACCAGUAUGUAGCAGGACCUACUACUAGAGGAGGCAUAGCUAAAAUUACACAACCAAACUUGAAACCAGGCAUCACUUCUACCACUUCUGGAGAUUCAGAAUUUGAAUCUCUUUUGCCCUUGUCCCCUGAGGACGUUCCACAGUUGUCUGUAAGGUCUCCUCAAUAUAGUGAUACUCUCAAUCAAAGGCUACUCAGUCAUCUAGCUGAAGAAAGUCUGAAAGUUUCAGCUGUUCCUGAACCAGCUGAUCAAAAGAGUGGGACACCUAGAAAGUUCUCUUACUUACAUGGAGAGAAAUCCCAUGUUGACUAUCCACCAACAUUGUCAGACAGCCGUCUAAUUGUACAGGCUCAGGCUGUUGCACCUGUUCCUGGAUUCACUGAGCAGACUCCUGGGAUACCACAAACACCUUCCAGUUCCAUUUCACAAAGAGAGAAGCCCGCUGUUUUUUAUCAGCAGGACUUACAAAAUAGUAAUUUAACUGAGCAAGCUCAAAAUAUUCCUGUUGUUCCUGGAUCAGAUCUUCAGAAGACUGGGAUACUCAAAGUAACUCCUCCUUCCCAGAGAGAGACACACCAGUAUUUUCUUCAGGAAUUAUCAGACCCUCAUCUAACUGAAAAGGAUCAGGAAGUUUCUUCUGUCCUUGGACUAGCAGGCCAAGAGCCUAGGAGACCAAUUACACAUUCUACUUCAUACCCCAAAAGAGAGAAACUCAGAGUUGUCUUUCAUCAGGAGAUACCAGCCAGUCAUUUAACUGAAGAGGCUCUGAGAGUUUCUUCUGUGACUAGCCUUCCAGACCAAGACACUGUUAGAUCAUUAACACCCUUACAGAGCAAAAAACCCAGACUUGUCUUUCAGCAGGAAAUACCAGACCGUCAUCUAACUGAAGAGCAUCUGAACGAUUUUUCUGUAGUUGGAUUAAGAGACCAAGAAACUGAGAGACCAACAACACCCUCUACUUCUAACUUACAGAGAGGAAAACCUAGCCUUGUCAUUCAGCAGGAGAUAAGAGACAGUCAUCUACCUAGAGAGGCCUUCAAUGUUUCUUCUCUUCAAGGGUUAGUGGACCAGGAAACUGGGAGACCGAUAAUAUCAUCUACUUCCUUACAGAGAGGAAAACCCAGCCUUGUCUAUCAGCAGGAGAUACCAGGCAGUCAUUUAACUGAAGAGGCUUUCAAAGUUUCUACUGUUCUUGGAGUAGCAGGACAGGAGACAGGGAGAUCACCAACACCCUCUACUUCUUCCUUACAGAGAGGAAAACUCAGACUUGUUUACCAGCAGGAGAUACCAGAUAGUCAUCGAACUGAAGAAUCUCUGAAAGAGUCUUCCUUACUUGGACUCACAGACCAAGAGACUGGGAGACCAAUAACACCCUCUAUUUCUUACUUACAGAGAGGGAAAUCCAGAAUUGUCCUCCAACAGGAGAUAUCAGAUAGUCAUCUGCCUGAGGAGAGUCUGAAAUUCUCUUCUGUUCCUGAACUAGCAGGCCAGGAUCCCAGGAGGCAAAUAACACUUUCUACUUCUUCCUUACAGAGGGGGAAAACCAGCUCAGUCUAUCUGCAUGAGAUAUCAGAAAGUCGCCUACCCAAAGAGGCUUUCCAAGUUUCCUCUGUUCUUGAACUAAUAGACCAGGAGGCUGGGAGACCAAUAACACCCUCUACUUCCUCCUUCCAGAGAGGGAAACCCAGCCUUCUCUAUCAGCAGGAGAUACCAGACACUCAUCUAUCUGAAGAAGCUCUUAUAGUUUCUUCUGUUCUUGGACUCACAGACCAGGAGACUGGGAGACCAACGACCUCGUCAAUUUCCUCCUUACAGAGAGGAAAACCCAGCCUGGUCUACCAGGAGAUACCAGGCAGUCAUUUAGCUGAGGAGGUUUUGGAAGAGUCUUUCGUUCUUGGACCCACGGACCAGGAGACUGGGAGACCAGUAACAUACUCUGCUUCCUUCUUACGGAGUAGAAAACCAGGCAUUGUCUAUCAGCAGGAGAUCCCAGGCAGUCAUCUAACCGAAGAGGCUCUCAAAGUUUCUUCUGGUUUUGGACUCACAGAUCAAGAAACUGGGAGACCAAUAACACCUGCUACUUCCUCCUUCCAGAGAGGGAAACCUAACCUUGUCUAUCAGCAGGAGAUCCCAGGCAGCCAUCUAACUGAGGAGGCUCUGCAAGAGUCUUCUAUUCUUUACCCCAUAGACGAGGAGACUGGGAGACCAGUAAUAACACCUGAUUCCUCCUUACAGAGAGGAAAACCUAGCCUUGUCUAUCAGCAGGAGAUACCAGGCAGCCAUCUAACUGAGGAGACUUUGCAAGAGUCUUCUUUUCUUUACCCCACAGACCAGGAGACUGGGAGACUAGUAACACCUGCUUCCUCACAGAGAGGAAAACCCAGCCUUGGCUAUCAGCAGGAGAUCCGAGGCAGCCAUCUAACUGAGGAGGCUCUGCAAGAGUCUUUCGCUCUUUACCCCAUAGACAAGGAGAGUGGAAGACCAGUAAUACCACCCACUUCCUCCUUACAGAGAGAAAAACCUAGCUUUGUCUAUCAGCAGAAGCUCCCAGACAGUCGUCUAACUGAAGAGGCUCUCAAAGGUUCUUCUGUACUUGGACUCAAGGACCAAGAGACUGGGAGACAGAUAACAUCCUCUACUUCCUCCUUUCAAAAAGGGAAACCCAGCCUUGUCUAUCAGCAGGAGAUCCCAGGCAGCCAUCUAACUGAGGAGGCUCUCAAAGAUUCUUCUGGUUUUGGACUCACAGGCCAGGGAACUGGGAGACCAAUAACACCUGCUACUUCCUCCUUCCAGAGAGGGAAACCUAACCUUGUCUAUCAGCAGGAGAUCCCAGACAGUCGUCUAACUGAAGAGGCUCUCAAAUUUUCUUCUGUUCUUGGACUCAAGGACCAGGAGACUGGGAGACAGAUAAUAUCCUCUACUUCCUCCUCCCAGAGAGGGAAACCCAGCCUUAUCUAUCAGCAGGAGAUACCAGGCAGCCAUCUAACUGAGGAGGCUUUGCAAGAGUCUUCUUUUCUUUACCCCACAGACCAGGAGACUGGGAGACUAGUAACACCUGCUUCCUCACAGAGAGGAAAACCCAGCCUUGGCUAUCAGCAGGAGAUCCCAGGCAGCCAUCUAACUGAAGGGGCUCUCAAAGUUUCUUCUGGUGUUGGACUCACAGAUCAGGAAACUGGGAGACCAAUAACACCUGCUACUUCCUUCUUCCAGAGAGGGAAACCUAGCCUUGUCUAUCAGCAGGAGAUCCCAGGCAGCCAUCUAACUGAGGAGGCUCUGCAAGAGUCUUCUGUUCUUUACCCCAUAGACGAGGAGACUGGGAGACCGGUAAUACCAUCUGCUUCCUUACAGAGAGGAAAACCUAGCCUUGUCUAUCAACAGGAGAUCCCAGACCAUCGUCUAACUGAAGAAGCUCUCAAAGAUUCUUCUGUUCUUGGACUCAAGGCCCAGGAGACUGGCAGACCAGUAACACCUGCUACUUCCUCCUUCCAAAGAGGGAAACCCAGCCUUAUCUAUCAGCAGGAGAUACCAAGCAGUCGUCUAACUGAGGAGGCCCUGCAAGAGUCUUCCGUUCUUUACCCCACAUACCAGGAGACUGGGAGACGGGUUACACCUGCUUACUCCUCACAGAGAGGAAAACCUAGCUUUGUCUAUCAGCAGGAGAUACCAGGCAGUCAUUUAACUGAAGAGGCUAUCAACAUUUCUUCUGGUUUUGGACUUACAGAUCAAGAAACUGGGAGACCAAUAACACCUGCUACUUCCCCCUUACAGAGAGGAAAAUCUGCCAUUGUCUAUCCUCAGGAGAUCCCAGACAGUCGUCUAACUGAAGAGGCUCUCAAAUUUUCUUCUGUUCUUGGACUCAAGGACCAGGAGACUGGGAGACCAAUAACAUCCUCUACUUUCUCCUCCCAGAGAGGGAAACCUACCCUUGUCUAUCAGCAGGAGAUACCAGGCAGUCAUCUAACUGAGGAAGCUCUAAAAGAGUCUUCCGUCGUUGGACCCACAGACCAGAAGAUAGGGGGACCAGUAACAUCCUCUGCCUCCUUCCUACAGAGAGGAAAACCUAGUUUUUUAUAUCAGCAGGAGAUCCCAGACAGCCAUCUAACUGAAGAGGCUCUCAAAGUUUCUCCUCUACAUGGAUUAGUGGACCAGGAGACUGAGAGACAAACUGCACCCUCUAAUUUCUACUCACAAAGGGAGAAGCCUAAUAUUUUUUAUCACCAGGAAUCACCAGAUAGUCCCUUAAGAGAAGAGGCUAAGAAAAUUUCAGCUACUUCUGCUUCCAUUGAUCAGAGUACUGGGAUAUCAAGAGUAACCUCUGCUGCUUACUUACAUAAAGAAAAACCAUUUAAUUUUUAUCCACAGGACUUGUCAGACAAGCAUUUAUCUGAGGAGUCUCUCAAAGUUUCAGCUGCUCCUCAAUUAGCUGACUGGAAGAGUGGGUUACCGUUAACAUCUUCUAGUUCUUCCUCUUCUAGAGAGAAACCCGUUUAUUUGUACCCACAGGAUAUACCGGGCAUACUCACCAAAGACACACUGAAAGGUUUAGCAGUUUCUGGAGCAGCUGAGCAGAAGACUGGAAUACUGACAGACUUGACUUCAUUUGCACAUAGAGAAAAGUCCUUUGUUUCCCCCCCACCCCUCUUACCAUUUAGUCAUCUACCUGAUGAAUCAAAAGUUUUGACUAUUCCUGGACUGGUAGACCAGAAGACUGGGUUGCCUUCAGAAUCACCUAGUUCCCACCCACAUAGAGAGAAGUCGAUUAUUUUCUACCAUCAGGAUUUGGUGGAUAGUAUUGCCCCUGAGGAAGCUUUGAAAAAUUUCACUACUCUGGGACCAGGUGAUCUGGAGACUAGUUUUCCAUUAAAAUCUAGUUUCUACUCUCAUAGAGGAAAGCCUGUUAUUCCUUAUCAACAGGUGUUGCUAGGUAGUCCUUUAAUUGAGUCGGAUCAGGAAGUGUCAUCUGUUCCUGAAUUAGCUGACCAGAAAAAUAGGAUAGUCACAGAAUCCUCUUCCUCCUCAUCUAGGGAGAAGCCCAUUACUUACUACCCACAGGAGUUUCGAGUUAGUCCUGAAACUGAGUUUCAGAGUCCAAAAGUUGCAGCUGAUCUUAGAACAACAGAUCAGAAGAGUGGGAUCCCUACUAUACUAUCUAGUUCCUCUCUCCACAUAGAGAAGCCCAUCAGUUCUUACAAACGGAAGUCACCAGAUCUUACUGAAGAGGCUUUACAAAUUUUAGGGGCUUCUGUAUCACCUGAUAAGCAGGCUAGGAUAUCAAAAGUACCCUCUUCUUCCUAUUCAAAGAGAGAGCAUCCUGUUGUUUCCCACCAACAGAACUUGCUAUAUAGAUCAGCUUUGAAAGAUUCAGCUUCUAGCCCAGAUGCUCAGAAGCUUGGAACAUUAGUACUGUCUCCUUCCUUCUCAAAACGAGAGAAGCCCACUGUUUUCCAACAGGGUUUACCAGAUAGACGUCUUACUGAAGAGGUACUAAAAGUUUCAGCUACUGAGCCAGCUGACCAGAGGCCUGAGAUAUCAAGAGUGCCCUCCCCUUCCUCUGCACAAAGUGAAAAGCCCAUUGUUUUCUACCAAUCGGGUGUGCCAGAUCGACAACUUACUGAAGAGACUCAGAAAGUUUCAGCUGUUCCUGGAAUAAGUGACCAACAAAAGACCAGGAUACUAAUAGAAAGUGUUCCUCCUUCCUCCUAUAGAGAGAAGCCUAAUUUUUACCAGCAGGAGUUGCAAGGUAGUCAUCAAAGUGAAGAGGCUUUGAAAGUUUCAGCUAUUUCUCGACCAGUAGACCAGAAGAUUGGGAUACCUACAUUACCAUCAAGUUUCUAUCCACACAUAGAGAAGCCAAUCAGUUCUUACCGGAAAAGGGGGCCAGAUCUUACUGAAAAAGCUUUAAAAAUUUUACAGGCUUCUGGACUAACUGACCAGAAGCCUGUAACCGCUACUUCUUACCCAUAUAGUGAGAAGCCCAUCUUCUCUUACCAGCAAGAGUUGGGAAAGCAUCCUAAAGAGCAUACUUUAAAACCCUUACAACUUUCUGGACCAGGUGACCAGAAAACUGGUAAGCCUUUUGUGCCCUUUACUUCCCGCUUACUUAGAGGAGUCCCUAUCUUUUCUUCUGAGAAGGAAUUGUCUGAUACUUCUGACAAUAAUUUGAAAGUUUCAGAUGUUCCUGGACUAGCUGACCUGAAGACUGGGACACUAACAGUCCCCUUUGAUUCCUAUUCAUAUAGAAAGAAGACUGGUCACCUUUACCCACAGGAGUUACUAGAUCAUACUGACCAAUCUUUAAAAGUUUCUCUUCCUGGACCAGCUGACCAAAAGACUGAGAUACCUGUAGAACCUUCUAAUUCUUAUUUACAUAGAGAAAUAGUAGAUAAUUUCUACUCACAGAAGUUGCCAGACAAACAUCGAAAUGAAAAUACCCUAAAAAUUCCAAGUGAUACUGAAGGAGCUGAUCAGGUUACUGAUUUAUCAGCUGUUUCCUCCAGUACUUAUUCACCUAGUGAGAAACACAAACUUGUUUCAGACCAUGUCCAGAGGCUAAUAGAUAAUUUGGAUUCUUCUCAUUCUAGUACUUCAAGCAAUAUACCUUUAAGCUCUCAGACUGAUGAUAGAAUUGUACUAUGUAAGCCAGAAUCUUCAGAUUUCGAUGGUGUUGGCUCUGAGGAAAUCCAGGAUUUGAAUGGUGAUUCCAGAACUCUUAAAGAGAUUCGAACACUUUUAAUGGAGGCAGAAAAUAUAGCACUGAAACGCUGUCAUUUUCCUUCUCCCCUCGUUCCUUUCAGAGAUGUUAGUGAUAUUUCAGUUAUACAAGCUAAGAAGGUUGUUUCCUUCAAAGAACCCUCCUCAACUGUUGUAUAUAAUGAUGAAUUGCCUCAGAGACAGCCAUUCACAGAGGAAAGUCCAAACAGCAAGAAUAUACAGAAGAAUAUUAGCACACAAACAAAUCAUAAAUGCCAGACAGGCAUUGAAAAUUGGGAACUUAUUAGUUCAGCUACAGUGAGGCAUCCACGACAAGAAGCAGAAAACAAAGCAAGAAUGACUUUAGAUGAAACCCUUAGGAAAUAUAAAUCAGCCAGAUCUGUUAGGAGAUCUGAUUCUAACAUUUAUAGGAAAACAAUUGGGAAUAAAAUUGUUAUCCCAAUGAUGACUAUUGUAAAAAACGAUUCGAGUAGUGAUGUAAGUUCCUGCUCAUGGGAUAGUAACUCCUUGGAGUCAGUUUCUGACGUUGUUCUAAAUUUUUUUCCAUGUGCUUCUUCUAUAUCAAGUGUAACAGAUAGCAGAGAGGAAGAGGGUUUGUCAGAAAGUGAUGAUGGUGGUAGCAGUGUAGAUUCAUUGGCUACACAUGUGAAAAACCUCCUGAAAUGUGAGUCCUCAUUGAAUCAUGCUAAGCAAAUACUAAGAAAUGCAGAGAAAGAAGAAUGCCGAGUAAGAGCACGAGCCUGGAAUCUGAAGUUUAAUUUGGCUCGUGAGUAUGAGUGUGGCUACUCCAUUUCAGAAUUAAAUGAAGACGAUAGGAGAAAAGUAGAAGAAAUUAAAGAGAAGUUAUUUCGCCAUGGGAGAACAACUGGCUUGUCUAAGUGUUUACAGAGUCCACUGGAAAUAGAAUGCAAGCCAGAAGCUAUUUGUAGUCACAUUAUAAUUGAGAGCCAUGAAAAAGGAUGUUUCAGUACAGUAACUGCCGAACAACCACAAUUGGACACUGAACCUUGUGCUUUCAAAUUCGCUGAGCCUUCAGAAAUUAUCAGAGAACAACAAAGCCCAUCGUCAUGGAAAACCAGGCACAUCAGCCUUUGCAGACCACUAGACCAGAACAACUCCAAUUUCAAUGUUUGGCAUUCUUUGCAGUGUCAAAGUCAGUCUCCAUUUCAAAACGUUACAGCUGAUGACUUUGAUGGUCUUCAAAUGCCAUUCCAAGAAAAGACGAAUCUCUGGCUGUCUGAAUUAGAAGAACCUGUUUAUGUGCUCCCUGAAGAAAUAGAUUGUCAUUCUUCACAAAUGCUGCUCCCAGAACCCAUGAAACAGUAUAGUACCGCCAUUACUUUUGCCUCUCACAGACAUUCUAACUGCUUUUCAGAUUCCUCAGUUUUAAAUGUUGGUGUUCCUGAUGGUAGCCAGUGUACUGGAACACCUUGGGGGUUAUUAAGUUCUCAUUUCACUGAAGAGCAAAGUCCUCGUAGAGAUCUAAAACAGAAAGCCUCUUUUUCCCCUUUAUUUAAAAUCAUCAGUCAUUCACCAGAUAAAACUGUGACUAUUUUAGAAGAAAGUAGUGAGCAAAAUAAAAAAUUCUUUGCUGAACACUUUUGCCAAGAAGAAAAACUUAAUGAAAGAUCAGAUGUCAAAUACAGUCAUUCUGAGCCCUGUACCCAUGCAAAUCCUAGCAAAAAUAAAGAAGUCCAUUUUUCUGAUAACCUCAUUAGAAUGUGUAGCCCAAGUUCCACAAUAGCAAUGAAAGAGAAAACUGCAACUAUAACACCAGAUCUUACUUCACAUAUUUUUCUUGAACAACGAAAACUCUUUGAACAGUAUGCUACUCCACAUGCAGGUCAUAUGCAAAAACAGCAUUCUCUCUCUCCCCAGUGUCAGGAUUAUGUAUCUCCAAAUCUCACUUGUCAUGCUUCUCUUGAAAAAGAAAAUAGAACUCCACAAAAAGAUCAUCAGGCCAGAGAACAGUCUCCCUUCAUACAAGAUUGUAAAGCAUCAAACACUCCUCAUUCCAUUUUUCUUGAACAACGUGAGCUCUUUGAAAAAAGCAAAACCCCAAAUGUAGGUUGUGAAAUGAGAAGAGACCAUUCCCCUGUUCCUAAAGGUCAGGAAUAUGUAGUAGAAAAGGAUAGUCAACAGAAGCCAAAAUCACAGGCUUCUAAUACGAUAAAUGUUGAAGCCUGCAUCAAUAAUGUAACCCCUCAGUCAAAAUCAAGUCAAGCCACGUUAGUAACAUGUGCGUCUACUCCACCUUCAAAUAGAAAAGCACUUUCUUGUUUUCGUAUAACUCUUGGUCCCAAGAGUUCUUCCAAGUUGGAUAGUGGAAUCUUAGAUAAAAGUUUUCAAUCAUUGGAUUCUGCUUCUAAAACAAGGACAAAUCAAGAGUUGAACUCUAACCUACAAGAGGUAUCUUCAAGAUCACUGGAACCAACCUCUAAAUUAAUCAAUAAACCUGUAGCAAAGGAUCAUGAAAGUUUAGGUGUUAGAAAACCUCCAUCAGACUUAAAAGUUGGUCAGUCUCCUCUGCCAGAUAAUAAUACUGUUAGUCAGGACUUGAAAGCUGUGCCUUUGCAGAAUAACCUUAUAGUAACCUCAAGGCAAACACAAGUGAGUAUUUCAGAUUUGGAAGGAUAUCACAAUUCAAACGGAACUCCAUCACCAGUGUCUGCAGAUCGGCCUUCAGAAAAGGUUAAGACCCCAUCACCAGCUUUCUCUGGUAAAUUGUCAUCUGAUGCUGUCACUCAGAUAACAACAGAAAGUCCAGACAAAACAUUACUUUCAUCUGAGAUUUUUAUUACUGACAAAGACUUGAUACAUACAGCUCAAGAUCCUAAAACCCAGAAGAAAGCCCAAGUUCCUAUGAAGUUUGCAUCAUCGUCUUCCAUCCAAAAGAUAUCAGUGCCUCGUGGACCAGAUGCUCAACCUUUAUUGUUGCCAUAUAAACCUUCUACUAGUACAAAUAUGUACUAUGUUCAACAAUUACACCAAAUGCCUGGAUCUCUGGGUUCCAAAUCAGAUACCACUAUUGAGAGCUCACAUUCAGGAUCUAAUGAUGCCAUCGCUCCAGAUUUCCCAGCUCAAGCAUUAGGCACAAGGGAUGAGGAGACAAUUCCUGUUAAUAUUAAACAUGCAGAGGGAAUCUAUAGUAAGAGGGCAGUGACUAAGGCACACUGGCCAGUGGAGGAAAAAUCCUAUCCAAAAGAUAAUGCAGGUUCUAGUGAUGCUGUUCCUUCAGAGAACUUUGCUCAACGACAACAUACAAAGAUUGACAAUGUUCCAGAUUAUAAAACCAUUAAGCAGAAAGAAGACUUACAAAUUCCUCUUAAGACACCAGUAUUACAUGAAGCCCGGCCAGAAAGUAAAGAAUCCUUGCAGAUAAAUAUUGCAGGAUCUGGAUAUCAUUCAGAUAUUGAAAAUACUACCCAUUCUGUCUUCAAGUCAGCUAAAUUUUACAUUCAUCACCCAGUACACCUAUCAAAUGAUCAGGAUAUUGGCCAUGAAUCUUUAGAAAGGAAUGUUUUCAGGAAAAAUUCUUUGCAAGAUCUCAUUCAGCAAUUUCAGGAAAAUCAUGAAGAACAGACUUUUCUUCCUCCCCCUCAUCAGAAUGUGGAAAAGACAGAGAAUGAUGAUACCAAAAUAGAGAGCCCUGGGAUUGAUGUGAACUUAGAAAAUAAAGAAGCAGUAUACGAUGUUAAAAAUCAAACUAAAGACCAUCCAGAAAGUGACAAACCAAUUAAUUAUCCAAAAAGUGAUCAUAACGUCACCUCAGAGCAAACAUCUCAGCAUACUGUGAGUUUGAAUGAGCUCUGGAACAAGUAUAUGGAGCGACAAAAACUACAAAAACCUUGUGAGUUCACUAAUCCUCAGGAACUGUCCUUGGUAGAACGAUUGGAUCGUUUGUCUAAAUUACUUAAGAAUCCUAUCACACAUUCUCUCCUGCCCUCGGAAAGUACACAAGAUGAAAGCAGAGGGGAACAAGAUGUUAAGGAAUGGUCUUUUAGGCAACAGCAACAGAAAAGUAAGCUUCAGAAAAAGAGGCGGUAUAAAUGCCUUGAGAAGUGUCAGAAAUACACAGGAGAUAUUAGAAAAAGCAAGGUACUUCCUAAUCAUGAAGCCACGAAAGCCAAUCAGAUUAAAAUCGAACAGAUUAAAUUUGAUAAAUACAUUCUAAGAAAACAGCCAGGAUUUCAUUGUUUAAACAAUACGUCUUCAGAUUCUAGGCCCUCAGAGGAGAGUGAUCUGCUCACAGAUACUGCCACCAAUAUAAUUUCUACCACUACUUCUCCUGUUGAUUCAGAUAUGUUGACCCAAACAGAUAAAGAAGUGACAUUGCACGAAAGGAGCAGUUCUCUGUCCACCAUUGACACUGCCCGAUUGAUCCAAGCUUUUGGCCAUGAAAGAGUUUGUUUGUCACCCAAACAAAUUAAGUUUUAUAGCAGCAUCACUGACCAGCAGAGAAGAUACCUUGAAAAACGGAAUAAGAAGAACAAGAAAAUAUUGAGUAUAAGUCAUCCCCUAAUGACCUCUGAACACACCAGAAGGAAGCACAUCCAGGUUUCAAGCCAUAUGGUUCCAUCUGAUUCUAUUUCAUCUUCCACCAGUAGUUUCUGGAGCUCAGACUCUGUUAUUUUCAAUGAGCAAAAGGUUCAGAUGAUAAACAAGGGCAUACAAGCAGGUAACCUGGAGAUUGUGCAUGACAUAAGAGAACGCACUCGAGAUGUGGGGAUGACUUUUCCAACCCCAAGUUCUAGCAAUGCUAAAGCAGAAGAGGACAGUGAUACUGCUUCUUUGUCAGAAGAGAAGAGGUUCCUUGCUAAUUAUUUUAGAAACAAAAAGUUAAGGAAGAACAAACCAAUUUGCUUUGAAGGAGUUUCGUGGUUUAUUCCUGUAGAAAAUGUGAAGUCUGGUCCUAAGAAGGAAAAUCUGCCCAUGUUUUAUGGCCCUGGUAUCUCCUGGUUUGCACCAGUAACUAAUACAAAACCCUGGAGGGAGCCACUUCGAGAACAGAACUGGCAAGGACCAGGCAUAAACAACCAGAAGCCACUAGCAGGGCCACCACAGCCAUUUGUGAAAGCAACCCUACAGGAAUCACUUCAGCUUCAUAGACCUGACUUCAUCUCUAGAUCUGGGGAACGGGUAAAACGCUUAAAAUUAAUAGUCCAAGAAAGGAAGCUGCAGAAUGUGUUACAGAGUGAGCGGAGAGCACUAUUUAACACUACAAGGGAAGGCCAGUACUACCAGGACACGCUGCACCUGUUUCCUCAGAGAGGUCUUAUGCCGCCCAAGACAAAUGGGCCUAUUGGAAAGAAGGAAAUGAUACAGAGGUCCAAACGGAUUUAUGAGCAAUUGCCAGAAGUACAGAAAAAGAGAGACGAAGAAAAGAGAAAAUCAGAAUAUAAGUCAUAUCGUCUGCGAGCCCAGCUAUAUAAAAAGAAAGUGACAAAUCAACUCUUAGGAAGAAAAGUUCCUUGGGACUAACAAGAUGGUUUCCUCAGAUUCUUUGGAAUAAUAUAUUUUCUAAGCCUGGAAAAAUACAGUGAUUUAUAAGUCAUAUAAUAAUAAAGCUUACUCAUUGUCCACAA